GCGACUGCGAGUGUCAAGGAUGAGUUAGGAAAGUACCGAGAGCAGCCCGGUCCCCGGUAGAUCCGAUGGAUCGACCGGAAGCGCAGGAGGAAGACCACCACCUCGGAGUUAUGAGAAUAGGAUGGCGGGCCGUACCUGCUUUCGUUGUGGGAAGCCCGACCAUUUCGCCAACCUUUGCGACGAGUACUGGGAUGCUCGGGAUAAGGGUAUCCCCUUUGUCCCACCGCCACCACUGCAGGUGCGUAGUGGUCGCACCAUGGCAACCGGUGCGGAAAAGCGGAGUCAUUCGGCUGAUAACUACGGAUCGAGACGCGAAACUGACGAGAUGAACAAUAUAAUGAGAACGUAUUUUUUCGAGAUGGCGAAGGAACGAGAGGAGGCAAAGCAGAGGGCCGCGAGAGAAGAAGCACAACGCAAAGAAGAGGCGGCAAGGAAGGAACAAGAAAAGGAGAGACUACAAGAGUUGGAGGAAAAGAAACGCGCCGAAGAUGAACGAGAUGUGUGCUUACUUAGAAUGAUACGUGAGGAGAUCCGUCACGACAGUGGAAAGGAGAACGAAAGUGCUUCUCGAGCGAAACGUACAGUAGUCAAGCGCAAUGAGAGAGGGGAGACGGUCGAGGAAGAAAAAGAGCGGUUAAGGCGUGAGAUAGCUUUACGAGAAGAGGCCGAAGAGGAUGCGGAGCUAAUCCUGCUGCGACGACGGGCGACAGGACUAGAGAUUAACAAAAAGCGCAAGAGGGGCAAGGAAGCGGCGGUGGGUGAUAGCCCGCCUAUGACUACGCCGACGAAAGGACAACGGACUGUCCUGGGCACGACUUCAAAAUUGAGGAUUGAGGAACUGCGCGAGUGCGGCCACAUGGGGAGUACGUCUUCUCCAAUCGCUGAACCAGUCGGGAAGAUCGGCGUGUCCAUCAAGCAUGUGACUGCAGGAACUGGUCCAGGUGCGCGCGCAAAGUAUGAGGAGGAGAUCCGAACUCUAUAUGAAGCCUUGAUGGUUGAUGAGUUAAAGGAUGCUUGAAAAAAUGAACGGAUCGCUUAUGG